CGCCCCACGCCGGAAGUUCCGGUGGCGGAUCGCCGACCGGGCGGAGCUGAUCGCUGCGCGGGCUGCGAGAGCUAGGUGGCUGGGCGCGGAGCCCAAGCCGUGCCGCGCGGCGCCAUGAAGGGCAAGGAGGAAAAGGAGGGCGGCGCGCGGCUGGGCACUGGCGGUGGUAGCCCUGAUAAGAGUCCGAGUGCGCAGGAGCUCAAGGAGCAGGGGAACCGGCUCUUCGUGGGCCGCAAGUACCAGGAGGCGGCGGCCUGCUACGGCCGCGCCAUCACCCGGAACCCACUUGUGGCAGUGUACUACACCAACCGGGCCCUUUGCUAUCUGAAGAUGCAGCAGCCUGAACAGGCACUCGCUGACUGCCGGAGAGCCCUGGAGCUGGAUGGGCAGUCUGUGAAGGCGCACUUCUUUCUGGGGCAGUGCCAGCUAGAGAUGGAGAGUUACGAUGAGGCCAUUGCCAAUCUGCAGCGAGCCUAUAGUUUGGCCAAGGAGCAGCGACUCAACUUUGGGGAUGACAUCCCCAGUGCCCUUCGCAUUGCUAAGAAGAAGCGCUGGAACAGUAUUGAGGAACGGCGCAUUCACCAGGAGAGUGAGCUGCACUCUUAUCUCACCAGGCUCAUUGCUGCUGAGCGAGAGAGGGAACUGGAAGAGUGUCAGCGGAACCAUGAGGGUGAUGAGGAUGAUGGCCACGUCCGGGCCCAGCAGGCCUGCAUUGAGGCCAAGCACGAUAAAUACAUGGCAGACAUGGAUGAGCUCUUCUCUCAGGUGGACGAGAAGAGAAAGAAGCGAGAUAUCCCCGACUACUUGUGUGGCAAGAUCAGCUUUGAGCUGAUGCGGGAGCCCUGCAUCACACCCAGUGGUAUCACUUACGACCGCAAGGACAUUGAGGAGCACCUGCAGGUAAGGGGCCUUGGCCUUGGGACUAGGAUCAGACAUAAACUCAGACAGUUGACCACCUUGACUCUGUUGUUGCAGCGUGUGGGCCACUUUGACCCUGUGACCCGGAGCCCUCUGACCCAGGAACAACUCAUCCCCAACUUGGCCAUGAAGGAAGUCAUUGAUGCAUUCAUCUCUGAAAAUGGCUGGGUAGAGGACUACUAAAGCCAUGUCCUGCCUGGCACCCUAGCCCAGGAAGGUCUGGAGACAGAAGCUCCAGUUCCUGUAUAUAGCUUGUGUCCCUGGGCCUGCCCCCAUCAGUCCUGCUGAUGGGUUCUGAACUGCUCCCUUUCUCGGCAUACCCUUUGCUGGGCCAUGAGCCUCCCCUGUCCCCCUUCUGGGCUGGAAAGCGGGUGAGGGUGGGCUUAGGUUGCUGCUGCUGCCACUGUCCUGUAAUAAAGUCUGU